AUGCCCUCUUUCCAGGCGACAGUGCGACUGCUGAACCGAGGUCAGACUUUCAGGAAAAUGAAGGCGUGGCAAGGCUGGAGACCUAAAGCUUUCAUCCUUCAAAAGGCUACAUGCUCCCAUCGCCAGCAGAGAGAAGAACAGAGGCCUUGCCAGACCCUGGAAGAUGACUCAGGAAGCCUUUCAUCUUGGCUCCAACCUGGUCUCUGCCUAAAGGAUCAGAAAAAGGUAUCACCUUUUCUAGAAUCAAGGAAAAAAGAAAAGAAACGGAGAAAAAGGGAAGGAAAGACGCACAUAAAUUUAAAUCGUUGCGAUGACAAUUUACAAACCAGUGGAGAACCUUAUCACUGUGCAGCCAGAAGGAUCAUACAUAUUGGAAAAGAAGAGGGCUGGAGACUGGGCCAUCACUAUGUGAAGAUGGACAGCCAUUUCCUGGGAAACGGCUCCUCUCAGAACAGUCUUCACACAAUGUUCCUCAGUCUUAAGAUGACUUCUGAGGUCAGUGAAAUGCCUGGGCUGCACAUUCACUUUGACAGAAGACAGAACACAGCAGGAAAAUCAGGAUAUCAAGGCUAUGAGGCAUUAGAGGAAAUGUCUCCUACAGCUUCUAACCUCUUAUAA